GAGACAGAUGCCUCUAAGUCUCGCAAAUCAGAUCACUAUAGAGAAGACGCCCAGUUAUUACGUCACACCUGGAGUGGCGGCACGUGUCUACAAUAUGUCGCGUCACGUGAAACUAAUCAUUGCUGUCCGUGAUCCGGUGACUCGAGCUAUUUCUGAUUACACACAAGGCAUUAGUAAACAAAAUGGCGGCAAAACGUUCGAGGAUUUGGCUUUUAUGAACGUGACCACGGGCCUCGUGGACACUUCUUGGAGCGCCAUCAGGAUUGGACUGUAUGCCAAAUACUUACAAAGAUGGCGUCGGUUCUUCCCAACUUCCCAGUUCCACAUCGUGAGCGGAGAAAAGUUGAUCUCUGAUCCUGUGGGUGAAAUAGCCAAAGUGCAAGAGUUUCUUGGGUUGUCUAAGCUGGUGGAUGACUCUUGUUUCUAUUUUAAUGAAACAAAAGGAUUUCCUUGCAUGAGAAGCCGAACCAAGACUCAUUGUCUCGAUAAAACAAAAGGUCGAGUCCAUCCUAAAAUUAACCCUAUUUCCAUUCACAGAUUACAAGAUUUUUACAGACCGUUUAAUUUGAAAUUUUACUUCUUUGUUGGGCAAAAUUUUGGUUGGACCUAAAAAAUGAUCUUCGUAUAAACCGCAUCUGUGAUAAACAUUAAGCUGUGCUUAUAAUAAUGAUCGUAACAACUGUUUGUGUAAAAACAGUAACCUUACUGAAUACUUGUUUUACGCUAAGCUGUACAUAAAAUUUAGGUGUAAAUUUGUUUUGUUUCGUUGUUGAUGAGGACAAAGCUAUAAAAUGUGUUAUUUAUGUUCUCCCACACCACGACUUUUAGCCUCGUAAGCCUAGUUUUACCGCUGGGCCAUUGGGGGAGGGGAUAAGGUUUGUUUUGUGAAAGUUCAUUUAUAGCUAACCGAGGGCUAUUUGUGCUAGCCGUCCUUAAUUUUGAAGUGAUAGACAAGAGGUAAA